CUGCAACAUCUAAACCACACAAUGGCGGCUGGCAAAGCGGGAAAGGCUUCCGGCAAAGUGAAGCUGAAGGCGGUGUCGCGUUCCGCCCGAGCAGGAUUGCAGUUCCCUGUCGGGCGUAUACAUCGCCAUUUGAAAACCCGAACGACAAGCCACGGACGCGUUGGUGCUACCGCUGCCGUAUACUCGGCCGCCAUCCUGGAAUACCUCACGGCCGAGGUGCUAGAACUGGCUGGUAACGCUUCGAAAGACCUCAAAGUGAAGCGUAUUACACCGAGACAUCUGCAGUUGGCUAUUCGUGGUGACGAAGAACUGGAUGGGUUGAUUAAAGCGACGAUUGCCGGCGGUGGUGUCAUUCCACACAUCCACAAAUCACUGAUUGGCAAGAAGGGUGUACCCGAGUAAGGAGGGUCCAGUUGGUGCGCAGGAUGCUUGACCAUCAUAUUCCUUCCUGACGGAAGGUUUGCAUCCGCUUCCAAAAAUAAGCUAACACAUACUAUACACUAAUGUAACUAGCACGAAAGAACGAUGCGCUUGGAAUAGUUAGGUACAUAUUUAUCAGCCUAGUUUAGAUGCGCGAAGAAACAGAAAAAAUACAAAACAUAGAAAAGAGGGAAUAGAAGAACAGCAUCAUGAAUUUUCCCGUAACUCGAAUAACUCGUUACACUCUGAAUAGGCGAACUAAUAGAAAACUGAACGAGUACGUUGCAUUUAUCAGCCUAGUUUAGAUGCGCGAAGAAACAGAAAAAAUACAAAACAUAGAAAAGAGGGAAUAGAAGAACAGCAUCAUGAAUUUUCCCGUAACUCGAAUAACUCGUUACACUCUGAAUAGGCGAACUAAUAGAAAACUGAACGAGUACGUUGCAUUUAUCAGCCUAGUUUAGAUGCGCAAAGAAACAGAAAAAAUACAAAACAUAGAAAAGAAGGAAUAGAAGAACAGCAUCAUGAAUUUUCCCGUAACUCGAAUAACUCGUUACACUCUGAAUAGGCGAACUAAUAGAAAACUGAACGAGUACGUUAAACAAAGAUAUGUA